UUUUGACAAUUGAUUGCAAAAUUGUUGUACACAUUUGUUGAUGCCCCUUGUUAAUGUUUUAAGUUACAUUUUUAUCAGUUUUGUUUAAUAAACUGAUAUUUUAUCUGUUAUAUUCGUUUGCGUGCGAAGAAAGUUCACACUUGUCAAUAUAACCUCAAAGUGUUGAAAGUGAAAGCCAAUUACCCCAGAUUUUACAUAACAUAACAGUUGGUUUUUCUAACUUUCCCAUUAAAAAUUUGUAUGAAGUGAAGACACAGCAUUAGGAGGAAGGUGUCUAGUGUCUCUGGUUAAAACACUAACUUUAGAAUGGACCAUUCUCAGCACAUGGCAGGUCAUGAAGGACACAAUAUGAUGGAUCACUCUAUGCAUGGCCACACUGGUCAUGAUAUGGGUGCUAUUGACCACAGUGGUCAUGACAUGGAUGACAUGGGUGGCAUGGAUCACAUGGACCACAUGAUGAAGAUGUAUUUCAACUUUGACAUAUCAGCGACCGUCCUAUUCGAAAAAUGGAAGUUCACUACUGCUGGUGGCCUGAUAGGAUCUAUGAUUGGUAUCUUCUUUAUGGCAGCUUUGUAUGAAGGACUCAAGUAUUAUAGGGAGUAUCUAUUCUGGAAACAGUACAACGCCCUCCAAUACAGAGCCGUGUCCAUACCCGAAAAGAACAACACAACAGAGGAUAAUCAAGUCGUACACGUGGUCGGUGAAGUAAUCCACAAACAGCCGCCAACAAUGCUAAGCACCAUGCACUUCUUCCAGACAUUCCUGCAUAUGAUACAAAUGGUACUCUCCUACUUCCUGAUGUUGAUAUUCAUGACAUACAACGUAUGGUUGUGUAUAGCGGUGGUAUUGGGUGCAGGAGUUGGCUACUUCUUGUUUGGUUGGAAGAAAUCAGUGAUAGUGGAUGUUACGGAACACUGUCACUAAAAUUGUGACAAUAAUAACAGCAAUUAGACAAAUAAAAAAGGUUUUUAGUACAUCUUGACUUACUUAUGAUGAUGAUGAUUUGAUUAAACUAAAAAUCGUUUAUAUUUUCUAGAUUUUGUAGCAGGGUCUUCCAAAAUCUUUUAAAUGAGUGUUAGUUUGGUCAGAUCAUAGUAUCAAAUUUGAGGUGGUGUAUCAUACCUCAUUGUAAGUGGAGAUGGAGACUGAGGAUUUCAUUACAUGAUAAAUGCGAGAAUGAAAUAUUGAAAAAUAUUGCCCAUAAAAUUAAUCGUUUUACCUUAAUGAAUUGAAAAACUUCUAAGAUUACCUUUAGUAUUCCAUACUCGCCAAUUAUUAUUCAAAAUAAUUAAAAAGACUGAUUUCAGUUCAUUUUGCUCUAUACUACGACUUUUUAAUUGUUAUGAGUCCUCAGAAUUCUGACAUUUUUAUAUAAGUAUACAAAUACCGGAAAUAUAUUUUAUAUUAAAAUCCUAGGUUUAAUUUUUAUUUACAUAAAAUACGGCCAUUUUUAUGUAAAUUUCCAGUCGUUAAUUGGUUACAUAAUGAGAUUACUAGAUAAUUUUUGUGUUGUUUACUUAACUAAAUUAUUGAAACUUGUUUUAUGUACAUAAAAUUAAAUAAGGGUAUUUGGACUUUUUAGUUAAUAUUUGUUAUAUUUUAUCAAUUCUUUAUCAAGCUGUGAUUGAUUAUAAAAUAAAAAUAUUUGCGCAUA